AUGGGGCUGAAUAAGCGCACCGGGGACGCCGGCUCGGCCCCGCUCUGCGCCAGGCUGCGCUCUUUUGUGCGCCGGGGCCCCGAGAAAGACCCCCUCUGCGGCUCCGGCAGGCCGUGGGCUACGAGCGGCUACCGGUCGGCACGACCCGGUCUCCGGGACCGGGUCCACGCGCGGCGAAGCACGCAGUCAGGGCUGCCAAUGUUUGCUUUCUGUGUGCGGUUUGGCCUGCGCGCGCAGCCGGCACGCUGUCAGACCGCGCUCGGCGUCGUUUUGGGCCGGCGGCGGCGGCAGCAGCAGCAGCGCGCGUCGCGAGCAGUCGGCCUCUUUGUGCUGUGGGUGACGGUCGUGCGGUGGGGUGCGCUAAGCGAUGUGGCUGUGUUACGCGCUGGGCGUGAGGUUGAGUCGGAUUCUCGCUUCAGUGUCGUCGACGACGUGGUUGCUGCUGCCAGCGCUGCAGGACACGGGAAGAUAACUAGGGAUGACGUUUGAAUGAAAAUGGCUUCACCCACUCCUUCUCUUGAUUCAUUGCCUGGAGCUAACUCAAUUGGAUCUUUGGUAGACCAGACGGAAGCUCGUUCUCUGUCACCUUUGGCUGAUUCUCCUAUCACCGUGAGUGGAUCUUCCCCAGCCAGUUGCUCUAACAGUGUGUGCAGCAGCAGCAGUGGGAUUAUUGGUUGCAUCGCGCCGUCAAGCUCUCUGCUGAAGUGUGGGUUAUGCCAUGAGACAUUAGUUAACCCAAAAAUUUUGUCGUGUUAUCACGUGUACUGUCAACAGUGUGCACCUGAAAAGACUGAGUGUACUUUGUGCCAGGAGGAUACAUUAAUUCAAGGGCCUUCUUCCCUUGACAAGAGUGUUUUUCUGGACAGUUUAACGUCAUCUCCAGAAGGUUACCCUUCAUCACCUCUUCCUUGUACCGGCUGCAAGAGCCGUGAAAACGGAGCAGUUGCUCGGUGUUUUGAUUGUAAAAAUUUUCUUUGCCCAAAUUGCAUGAUGGCUCACCAGUUUAUGCAUUGUUUUGAAGGCCACCGGGUCUUGUCACUUGGUGAGCUUCACCAGAAUGGGAGUGGAAGUAAAGAAGAUCUGAAAAAUGGUCUUACAUCAACGCCUACCAGCACAGCCAAUGGCACUAAUGGAACUAGCAACAGUGGUGAGAAACCAGUUUAUUGCUUGCGUCACAAGAGUGAAACUAUGAAGUACUUCUGCCGUACUUGCAAUAUUCCCAUUUGCAAGGAGUGUACUCUUCUUGAACAUCCUAGUGGCCUCCAUGAUUAUGAUCUUAUUGGUGAAGCAGGCCCAAAACAGUUAGAUCUGAUGACCCAGACUAUGCAAGAAAGUAAAGCUAAAGCCACAGAUAUUCGCAAUACUUUGAAAAAUCUGGAACACACAUCAAGUCGAUUACAAGUUCAGUACCACAAAGCUCAGAAUGAAAUCAAUGACACAUUCCAGUUUUACCGCUCCAUGAUAGAAGAACGAAAACAAGAGCUGCUCAAGGAGCUGGAAAGUGUAUUCUCAGCCAAACAGUUGUCACUGAAUGUGCUAGGACAGAAGGCUCAGGAAACAGUUGAAAAGAUCUACAGCACUUGUGAAUUUGUGGAACGAAUUGCUAAGAGGGCAACAAUGACUGAAGCUCUCAUGUUGAAGAAAGUUUUGGAUUCACGAUUCCAGACCUUCAUGAACUAUAAUCUGGAUUUGAGUCUGCAAAAUGGUGUUGAUCUUGAAUUUGUCUCUAAUUACCAAGCCAUUCAAGUUGGUGUUCGAAAUACAUUUGGUUAUGUGCGCUCAAGUUCAGACAUUCCUGUAGGGCCUAGUAAGCAGCCACCCAUUGCUCGCCCUGUUAAUGGUACCAUUCAGCAACAACAUAUGAAUGGCAGUCCAGGAAGUCUCAAUGGUACUGGUUUGCACAGCAGCAUGAAUGGAGGAAGUAUCAGCAAUUCAUUGAACAGCAGUACAUCUCUCAAUGGAGUAAUGGAAAGGCCUUAUUCCAAUGGCCUGAUGACACCAAAUGCUGCGAGCUCACCUUUUGAGUCCAACAUCAUUUCAAAAAGAUUCAGCAGUGCCAAUAGCCUAGGACCUUUCUCAACUUCUAUUAGUGAUUUGAAUUUGAAUGGAAUGAAUCCAUAUGAAAAAUGGUCAAAUGGUGGUACAGAAAGCAUCUUCCAGAAUGGAGGUGGUGACCAUUACUCCCUAUCCUCCACUGUUCCUAAUGACACAAUGCUUGAUCUAACCUCAAAACUAAUGUCCACUGCAAUUUUCCCACCCAAAUCUCAAAUCAAACGUCAGAAGAUGAUUUACCACUGCAAAUUUGGAGAGUUUGGAGUAAUGGAAGGACAGUUCACGGAACCCAGUGGGGUAGCUGUCAAUGCCCAGAAUGACAUCAUUGUUGCUGAUACAAAUAAUCACCGCAUUCAAAUAUUUGACAAAGAAGGUAGAUUUAAAUUCCAGUUCGGAGAAUGUGGGAAACGAGAUGGCCAAUUGUUAUAUCCUAACAGAGUGGCUGUCGUGCGCACUUCAGGAGAUAUAAUUGUGACUGAACGAUCCCCUACACAUCAAAUUCAAAUUUACAAUCAGUAUGGCCAAUUUGUGCGCAAAUUUGGUGCCAAUAUUUUGCAACAUCCUAGAGGUGUUACAGUAGACAACAAAGGUCGUAUUGUGGUUGUUGAAUGCAAGGUGAUGCGUGUUAUCAUCUUUGACCAGUCUGGCAACGUGCUGCAGAAGUUUGGCUGCUCCAAACAUCUGGAAUUUCCAAAUGGUGUGGUGGUCAAUGAUAAACAAGAAAUCUUCAUCAGCGACAAUCGUGCCCACUGUGUGAAAGUGUUCAACUAUGAGGGCAUGUAUCUUCGUCAGAUUGGAGGUGAAGGUAUCACCAACUACCCCAUCGGUGUUGGCAUCAAUUCAGCUGGUGAAAUUCUCAUAGCAGACAAUCACAAUAAUUUCAAUUUGACCAUCUUCACUCAAGAUGGUCAAUUGGUAUCAGCACUUGAAUCCAAGGUCAAACAUGCUCAGUGCUUUGAUGUAGCACUAAUGGAUGAUGGCUCUGUUGUUCUUGCCAGCAAGGAUUACCGCCUCUACAUCUAUCGCUAUGUUCAGGUUCCACCUAUUGGCCUGUAAAUGCAGUUGUUCAGGUUUUGAGCUCUAUUUUGAAGUUCAAAAUUCUGCUCAUAAUUCCAUUACAAACAUUUCCAAUUUUUUUCUGUGACAAAAAUAAUGUAAAGUGGAGGUGAAAACAGUGAAUGGGUUCUCUGUAACCAAUUUCAUACCACUGCCCUCUCCUGCACGAGAAGUUGUUUUCCAUUUAGGCCAUACAGCUAGACUGUAACUUGUUCUUUUCAUGGGCAAGCUAGAGUUUGGCAUUAAGGCUCAUGUUAUUGUUGUUGUAAUAAAUGAAGACAUAUCCCUUUCUCUUCUGGAGACCCUCCACUGUUGAUACUUAACUGGCCAGAUGAACUGUAUUCGGCACCAACUGGCGCACAGCGUUUUGUAUUUUAAGAAAACAGUGUAUUUGCCACAGAUGUUGGAGAUCUCGAGGCAGCAGACUGAUGCAACAUUUACUUAACAUGAUUGGAGAAAAAAAAGCAGCCAUUCCUUAUACAUUUAAUUGUUAUUGUGCAUUUUGAAGAGGAGUGGGUUGCAGAAAUUUAUGCUGUUGUGUAUUCUUCUAAAUAGCUGAUUUCUUCCCUUGAUAAUAAAUAAGAUGAUAGAGAUAGUUUUGUAUUUCAUCAUGUUGAAGCUAUGUGGAAUGAUGAUUGCAUGAAAGAUGUUCUAAAUAUGGCAACUCCAUUCUUUUAACUAAAUAGUUAAAAUGAAAUUGGAACUAUGAUUUUAUAUGGCUCAGAAAUUUUAGGUAGAUGGCCAUAUUGUUUAGUAUUUAAUCAUGCAAGAAAACUAACAUUGUUUUGACCAAUUCUUGAUCUAUCAUGUACCACUAAACAGGGAAUUUACAACAUUAAUGAAGAAAAACAUAUGGUGCCUGGGCCAUGUUGUAUAGUUCUGAAAUUUAUGCACCUGUUUCAUAAUAAGCUCUAUUUUACUAUGCGUGUUUUUGUGCUGUUUUGUGACAUUGUACAUGUAGUUAGGUAGUGAAGUAUGAUCAGUGAACUGUUUUAUAUACAACAUCAGGAAUCCAAAGAUUUCCGUAGAAGAGCAACACUGUUGUCUACUUUUUGGAAAAAUGAUACCAAGCUGUUGAUUGACGGCAGUGUUGGCUUUCCUUUGUUAUGCUUUCCUUUUUCUGUUGUCAAAGUGAAGCGUUGGGAGAUCAAGAGCAUCCUAGUCACUCUACAUGCAUUCACUUGCGCCCUCCCCAUGUUACAGAUUUAAUGGCACUUAACAUGACCAUUUUUAUAUAUUCUUUGUUUUAUAUUUUUCAGUUUUUUGUUACUCUCUGUAGAAAUGUUUGGGUAAGAUGUUUAAGGGGAGGGGAAAGGAAUGGUGCUUUCAGCAAAGAAAAAUGCCCACCAUUCAGAGUUUCCUUUUGUUUUGAAAUGCUGCCUGAGUUUAAGAUAUAGACAGUGUUGUAUUAACAAAGAUAGCAAUACCUUUUAUUAUUAUUAUGAUUAUUAUUGUCAUUAUUUUAUUAUUUAAGUCUUAAUAAUCUUUAUGAAUAUCCCUGACUGUGAACGCCUUUUUGCGCAUGUAAAUUUCCUCAUUUUUUGGGUUCUUUUCAAAAGGCCAGAUUAGGAAGCUUCUGAGGACUUGACUUGCAACUCAACGAAAAUUUUGUGUAAAGUUUGAUGCAUGUAAUUAUUUCAAAGAAUUCAUUAAUCAGUCCCAAUUACUAAUACAAUCCUAAGAAGGAAAUGUUGUGUGUGUUAAAAUUUUAAGUUUGUUUUAUGGUAUUAGUGAAACAAGAUUUAGUCAAAGUAUUAUCAUGUUGUUCUAAAUUCUUUAUUUCUUGAAUGGUGACUGAUACCUGUUGCUUUUAUAUACCUUUAUAUAUAUAUAUUACAAUUCAUAUAAUGACAGUGAUCAAUAAAUUACCAUGAAAGUUAAUCUGCUGUCAAGUGUAUAUGCUAUUAAAGUAUUUGUUUCUUUCUUGUAUAAAAUGUAGUAUGAAUAUUUAUCAGUUUGCUAAUUUAUUUGUUUUAUUUUACAUGAAAAUUAAUGCAAGCAUUUGUGAAGUGAGUUAAUAAUCUUGGAAACUCUCCCAUGGCAUUUUUAAUGUGAAGAGAGUCAAAGCAGAUCCUCAACCUGCACCAACACACGUCACAGAGCUUGUAGUUCAUGUUUACCUUAAAAUGAUAUUUAUUGUUGUCAAAAGUACUAGCAAUUUGACCUAGUGAACCAGUUGCAAUAGGAACAUGUUAGCCAGUAUUGCCUGUUGCUCGAAUAAGUGACAUGCCUGAUGGCCUUGUCUGAAAAAAGGUUAAUUUUAAUAUUUUGUUGAUUUUUAAAGAGCUCUUAAAUUAAUGUAAAUAGUUUUGUUUUGAUUUAUUUUUGUUGUAAUUUCAUUUUUUAAAUAAGAGUUUUGUUUCUUUCAAUUUCUUAUUUGAUUUCUCUUUUAUUUGUUAUGUUCCUCCUUCAUUAAAUGUUUUAUGCAUGUAAUAAACACAAAGGAAAGUCAUCCAGUGGGGUUAGGAAGAUAAGCUAAGCAUUAACAUUAUUGUAUCUCAAGGACUUACUAGAGUCCUUGUCCUUUAUCACUGCUAAUAUUUGCUACCUGUCUCACAGUUUUAUCUCUAGAAUCAGGUGAAAGUAAUUUAUGCUCUCUUUGCUGAUUACUGAAUUUUAUCUAUAUUCAGCCUAAUUGCCAUAAGGAUAUUCUCUAUAUAAAACACUAAAUAACUUGCAUUUCGAUUGAUGAUCUUCCUGGCCCUGGGCACAAGUAAUUUGUAUAGAGUAUUGUACCAUUUGUUGUGUAAAACUUGGUGUGAGGUAUUUGCCGUGCCCUUCUUCCAAGGUUUCUGUUAAAAGAACAAAAACAAAGGAUGCAUGUUGUCCUUUCCUUUUGUGAAUGUUUAAAACCUUGGAUGUAGCAAUUGUGAUUACAAUGCAUCCUAGCUAGGUUCUUGGCAAUCGUUUUCCCACGGAAAUCCGUUUCCAUCAUCUUCAGUACAAAAUUUUUUGUGAAUUGGAAUGUUCCAUGUCUUGUAGGUAGAUAAAAAAUGGGAAAGACUGACUGGUAAAAUGAAGGGAUUGUUUUAGAUAAUCUUGUACCCUUUUAUAUAGAGAGAAACCUUCUAUAUCUUACUAUGCUAAAUGAUACCUUUUUUACACCGAAUAGUCUUUGUUAUAUAAGUAAGACCAAUGGAACCUUGUAUACACUAGCAAAGCUUUUUCUCCCAAACAGUGUGUUUAUGGCAAAUUGUAGUCGGUCCAGCGAGCUCCGACCCUUCCUGUUACUUAAUUCUCUGCAAUUGACAGAUCUUCUAAGUUGCAAAUACGGGACAGAUAUUGGGAUUUUCUGCACCCGUGAAGGAUUCUUGAGAGGGGUUGGUGCCCACUACACUUUUCAUUGGGACUAGCAACUCUGUUUUACAGAUGAAUGUCAAUCAAGUCAAUUACUCUAGGGAACAUUUAUCCAAUGGGUGUUAAAUACAUAGCCUUUCCCGCUUUUUGUAAUUGCAGAAUGCUCCAUGGAUGACAUAAUGUAUUGAUUGUAUAGUUUGUUACAUAAGAUAUUGUAAAACUGCUUCUGUGUUAAUUGUCAUGACUGCAGUUAUAAGUUUUUCCAUCCCUGUCGAUAAGUGACUGUGUUCCAAUCAUCACAUCUGAAGAAGAACAUCAUUACUGUGUGCAGUGAUGCUCGAUUGACAUUUUUUGUGAGGUGGAGCAAGCAAUUUGCGUUUCUGGAUUGUUCUACUGAAGGCUUUUGAAGUGUUGUGAAGAAGUAACAUGUUAUAUUUAGAAUGUCUUGUUUUGCUCAUGUUACAGGGCACAUAAGUGUUACUUCUAGAACUUAAGCUGAAAGGAUAUCAAAAAGGGAAAAAGAAAAAAAAAAUUGUGAAUGAUCAACCUCCAAACACCAACACUGCAGUAUGCACUGCUCUCUGUAUAUGUGAGCACUUUGAGUAGGAAAAUUUUUGUUGAUGAUGGACACAGAUUUAUUUCUCUUCCCACUUACUAACAGUCUGUGAUCAUUGGAAUUGCCUUCCCUGUUCUCCCAAGUUAAUUCAUUGGUUGUAAUAUAUUUGUAUUAUUUUUCUUAUUGAUACAUUUAGAAAAGUUAACUGAAUGUGACUUCACUUAUUAGCUGUUCACAGAAGCUAUAUUUAUUCCUUUAAAUUAAUAAUUGCAAAAUUUUAUGUGAGGUGUAAUUUUCUUAAAAGUGUAAAUUUUAAAGAUUUUGUUGCCUUAACCUCUAAAUUGUUGUGGCAGUAAAUUAAAAUUUGCUGCCUUGGUAUUUUGCUUGGAGUUACUGCCACACUACAUUUAACACCUCAGGAAUCCUGUGUAUUUGUUGUUAGUCAAUAAAGUACAUUGUAUGUACAAUUUUGACUCGUGCUUGCAGAACACCACAAACGAUUGCUGCAGCGUAGCAUAGUUAUAACCACCCUCGCAUCACAUUCACAAAUGAAGUGGCAGGCAUGUUAGAAUC